AAUCUGAUUUGCCCCUCUAUAUCUACAUGGGUAUUGCAGCGGGUGCUCUAAUAAUAGUGGUGAUAGUGGUAUCGAUAUGUUGCUUUGUCUGCAAGAAAGUGAGACAUGAUAAGAAGCCACCCACAGUUAUAUAUAUAUAACUGAGAAUAAACACCUUCAAUACGAGGACUUUGACGAACUGGACCAAACCGAGGACUGGCAAUGGCAAACAACACUUUCAGCAUCACUUGUGAGCUGUAAAAAUCUUUGGAGCUUUCUUUUUGUGUCUUGAAUUAGUGUUGAAAAAGAUUAAUGGCAUUAUAAUUGUAGUGCAACAGCGGCAGCAGCAGCAUAUUGUAACACCAUAUCAGUACAUUUGUAAAUCACUGUAGUUUGAUCUGCUCUUUGUUAAACAACAGCAAAAGAUUGCUGAUCAUAAUUCACACACCAGAUGUCUUUUAAGGUCUUAAGCAUGUACUUGAUCCAUUUCAAAUACUGGGAUAUUGUUAUAUUCUAUAUUUUUGCAUUAUUAUUACCACCAUUUUAUUGAUAUAAACAAACCUUUAAUAGCACCAGGUAACAUCACUAACAAUUAAAAAAAGAUAUAUUGCACAGAUAAACACAGAACAAAGGCAGACACAUUGAACCCUAAACUAAAAAACAAACAAACAAUACAAAUAUACUAAUAAUAGCACAUAAAACAUACUAAUAACAAAAGAAAUGUUACGCUAAAGCCUGCCAGUUACUGCUGCUCGGCUUGGCUGUGUGUGUGCGUAUGUGAGCACAUGAGUGUGUGCGUGACUCUGCAGGAAGGAGUGAGAAAAAAAAAGGGAACCAAAAAGGAAGAUUAAGGAGUGACGUUUUUAAUUUACAAAUCAAUUAAGGAGGUGAAGGAGAGGGAUUUAAGACUAGAGAGAGAAAACAACAAAACCGACAAAAAAAACAAAGAAAUAAUAAUAAUAAUAAUAAUAAUAAUAAUAAUACAAAUAAUUAACUAUAUAAGCGGCCCACCCAAAGUAGACAUAAAAACACCAAAAGAAAAAACAAAACACAUGUGUAGUAGUAUGUAAUAGUAAUAAUAAUAUUAAUCAGUAUACAAACCAACAUUAUCAUACAGUAAAAAUGUGUAAUAAAACAUCACUGACGAUGAUUUAGAUCUGGUGUGCUUUUGCUGAAAUUCAUAUCAGUCAAAGACUUAAAAGAUUACCAGGAACUAGAUGGCUGCAGUAGUUUAUUUCUAACUGUCCAGCUGGUUAUUAGGUGAUGCUGAAGCUCAUUAGUCAUGUUGUGUUAUGACGACAUCUGCUGGCUGUGUUUGGGUUUCACUUGCAUUAUGUCAUAGUUAACUAACAUUACUUUAUAUAUAUCUAUAUAUAUCUAUCUAUCUAUAUAUCUAUCUAUAUAUCUAUAUAUCUAUAUAUCUAUAUAUCUAUAUCUAUAUCGAUAUGUAUAUAGAUGUUUGUUUUCAUAAUAUACUUUGUAGUUACAGAGACUUCACAGUUGUUUGCAAUAUUUGUUUAAUACUUUUUCUAUGUAUAUGUUGGAAGUUAUUAUCACUGUAAAUAUUCACUGAAAUAUCCAAUAACCUAUGUCUAGUUUUAAUUUACACAGUCACACUGUGUACACAUUGUGUAAAUGUUUUAAUCCAAAUGUUCAUCCGUGUCAAAUCCCAAACCAUGAUUCAAUUGCCCGAAUGUAGCAGCCAGGAAUAAUAAAAUAAAACAGAGUUUUGUGGCAGAAGCUGGGUGUAUGGUUGCUAUUAUAUGGCAGUUUUAUUUAUGCUUGUUUUACUUCCUUUAUAGUUGAGUGCAAAGAGGGUCUUUCCUGAACAUCUUAUCUCAGCACACACAAUUUGAGAAACUAUUUACAAGCUUCUGUUAAAAGGUUCAGUCUCCAACAUCAACAAGGACACAUUCUCUUAAGCUUACGUAAUAAUUGUUGCACAAACCAGUGAAAAAUAAGCUCUUGAAUUACUCAACAUGUUUCCAACAUAAGUGCGGAAAUGAGGAGACAGAUAGGCUGCAAUGUCCUGGUUUCUAUAUGAUGAAAUAUUACUGUGAUGUUGUUUGAAUGAAAUGAAACAUGAGUGUGGUGAUGGCCUGAGACUAAAAUGACUUCAUACAAGUUUCAAUAUAAUUGAAUACAAACAUCCUGGGUAUGGAAAUAUCAAUACAAUAUUAUAUUAAUAUAUUAAUUAAUAUUCGUAGGCACGCCCGCCGAUAGGGGGGGACAAACGGGUCUGUUGUCCCGGGCCCAGGGUACAAGGUACCCGUCAGAGAGUCUGAGCAGAAUGGAUCAGAGACUGAUCACACACACUUAAUUUCAGCGAUCCUGCAUUAUGGCCAACUAGAAUGACCGACUCUGAUUCAAGAUUCAAGAUUCAAGAAGCUUUAUUUAUCACGAGGGAAAUUACUGUGCAACAGUUUCAAUACAAAGGUGUUAAAGUAAAGUACUACAGGGUAAGAGUAAAAAUACGCUAACAUAAAAUAAAAUAAAGGCUAACAUAAAAUAAAUCAAACAAUUAACUAAAUAAUAGAGUGAACCUCGUACAUGUGAUGGCGCCUUUCUCAGAGAGGGCAAAGGAAUUGCCAGCAGAUGCAGAGGUCAGGGAAUUCCCAAACUAUCUGACAUAUUCCACAUCCCACAAUGGAAGGGAAAAAAAUCGACAGGGACUGGAUAGUAUAUAGCAGCUCCAAAAAGGCCUUAUUUUGCCUACCAUGCUUGCUGUUCUCCUUUGAAGUAGAGAAAAAAUGAACUAGGGCACUAAAUUCCAGAAUUUUACAGAAAGCUUUAUGAGAGAUUUCCAGAACAUGAAAGAAACCGUGCACACAAACAUUGCUAUUGGAAGGAGAGGAAGAGCAGAGGAAAAGGCGAGAUCUGGGCGUGGGGGGGCCCAUCUAAGAUGAUCUCGUCCCUGGCCCAGGCAAGACUGUCAGCUGGCCUGUUUGUAGGUAUGUUUUCCCAAUUCCCAUUUUUUCUAAUUCUAGUUUUGAUGGUUUAAAAAACAUUUGUACACAGUCAUCAUGUACAAUUAUAGAUGAGAUAUAAACCAGGAACAUUACAGAGAAAUAUAGCUUGAGUAAUCAGACCACUGUGGCCUAUAGCAUGAUAUGAAUGUACAUAUUUUAGCAACUUGGGUCUGUAUUUGUCUUAAAAAUAAGGAACUAAAAUCAAAAAAAUCUGUUGAGUUAUACACCAAUCAGCCAUAACGCUGCCCCAUAUGCAACAAUUGUGUGAUGCACUCUGUUUUCUGACACCUUUCUGUCAGAACCAGAAUUAACGUUUUGUCUCUGUCGUCUAACCAUCACAAUUUGGCCCUUUUGAAGUCGCUCAUAUCCUCACUGGCCCAUUUUUCCUGCUUCUAACACAUCAACUUGGAGGACAUAAUGUUCACUUGCUGCGUAAUAUAUCCCACCCACUGACAGGUGCAAUGAUAACCGGAUAAUCAGUGUUAUUCACUUCACCUGUCAGUGGUUAUAUAUGAUUCUGACAAAAGAUAAGAUAAUAAUCCUCUGACCGCAGAUUGGUUUUAUCAAAGGAAUAAAGAAUAGGGACAUUUUGCCUGCAUCUCUUCUGGCACUUUCUUUUAGCUGGUUGUAAACAAAACAUAAAAUUGAAAAGAAAUACAAAUUGAUGAACGUAUAAUAAAGUCUUAAUGCAGAGCCUGAGACAUGAACAUAAUGUUCUGAACAUAAAUGAGUAACUGACGUGAGCAGUUGGCUGCAAUAUACUGUUUCCUUUCUGUGAAACAGAAAAAUAAAUGCUGUUUUACUGUAAUCAUGUAUUGAGUCUGAUAAUAUAUGUAUGUAUAUGUUGUCGAUGAUACUAAAACACCUUUAUGUUGGUAGAAUUAUUUCAGUCCAUUUGGCAAAUAAAUGUGGGUUUAAUUAUAUUAUGUUGACCCUGAAAAGCAUCGUCGAUGAACACAUAUACGUUUUACAAGACUUUCUGGUUUACAAGAUCUUUAUAGUAAUUAAAGCAGUGUAACUUCAAAGUGGAAAUUAAUUUGAAACAAAAAUACUAGAAACAUUUUAAUGAUGUUACAUCAGAUAUUUUCUGAGCAUUCAAUUUGCAUUCAUUUUGGCUCUGCCUAUCAAAAAUAGAGGAAAAGAUAGGUACAAAGUGGUGGUGUGUAUUUGUCUGAUAACAGAAAGAAAAUAUGGUUGCAACUGAAGAAUGAGAAGUUAUCAAUAAGCAGAAAACUAGUGGUUUCUGGGGCUUUUUUAGGGUGGAUGACUUUGCUACAUUAACUGUCCUUCCUUUUUUUCCUCUCAACUGUUGUCACAACGCAUAGUCAGGGGAACUUUCUGACGCUGAUCACUAAAAGGAGACGUUUCAGGCUGCUCAGAGUGUGCACAUGUUAGAUAUUGAAUAAAGUAGAGAGGUUUGUCUGGAAGCUGCUGACUGGAUCAAAACACUGAGGAGACAUGGAAGCUGCGAUUGGACUGUUGCUGUUGGUACUCGGAGUCUCAAAUGGUGUGGAAACCUACUGUGAUGGCAGACAGGAUGGAGCUCAGUGUUAUGGAGCUUUGGGAGGAACUGUGGUCCUCCAGCUGAUGGACAGUGCCUCAGAAAUAUUUAGAUACAUAUGGUCAAACAAACAAAGGAUGAUGCUGCAUGGCAAACAUAACAGGACAGUGUAUAAUCUGAUAGCAGACAGAUCUUCAUUUACUCCCAGUGAUGGAACAUUUAGGAUCAAUGACCUGAGCAGGACUGAUGGAGGUGAAUAUACUCUCAUAAUCUCUGAUUCAAAUGGACGCACAUCAGUGCAGCGGACUCUACAGUUGAUCAUUCAAGCUCCUGUGUCCUCUGUGCUGCUGGUUUCUGAGUGUCUGUCCAGGGGAGAGAUGAAGGUGUCCUGUUCCUCUGAGGGAGGAGACAGUCCUCAGUACAGCUGGACUCUGGAUGGACACACACUGACAGACACUCAGCUCCUCUCUGGAAAUAAUGAGACUAACAACAUCACUCUGAAACCAGACGUCUCAGGACAACUGGUCUGCUCAGUCAGGAAUCACGUCAGUGGGAUAUCUACCUGUGGCUACAUGUUCACUGACUGCACCUUAUUCAACGGGACACACAUAUUGCAGAGUGUGCGUAUAUCCAGUAACACCCAGUGCAUUGAGCCAACAUCAGCCUCUACCACGAUUACAGACACUUCUGAGGGUAAGGAGACUGGCGUUACGGUGUCAGUUAAACCCCCCACUAAUAUCCCAUCCUCCAAUCAAACUGUGACUUCUUCCAGCUCAGACGACUCAUGGCACUUAAAUCACUCCCUGCUCAUAUUUGGCUUGCGAGCAGCUGUGGUGAUUCUUAUACUGAGUGGGAUUGCUGUUUAUUUUGUCUGGAAGAAGAAGAAAUACGAGAAACCUGAAGGCUCUGCCGUCCGUCGAAAGAGGGAACAUCAAGAGAACUCUGUUAUAAUGGUUGAAAUGAGAAGUUCUGCAUCUGAACUUUAAUUUUCUGGAACCAGAACCUUCGUGUCGCCUCUCACCUGCUGUGAUUGGUCAUGUGUCUUUAUGGAUGUGAAAAUAGAGUUUAGAGCAGAAACUCUUCUGUUUUUAUUCUUCUCAGAUUCACUUCUGCUUACUGUGUGUGCAGCUUAGCAGUUACUGGAAUACCUUCCCUUAAAAACGUUCUGUGAGUGUUUUCUGCAUUUCAAGCAGGAGAGACUUCCUUUCGAAUAAACAAAUAAAUUGAUAUGUGCACAAUGAAGAUGAGAAAUGUGAAAAGUUUUGGCGAUUAGACCCUAUCGUGAUGUCAUCAUGUUUGAAGGGGUGUGCCUGACCAGUUGGAGGGGAGGGCGGUACCUGGAACAGGACACAAGACAGCAGAGGCAAAAACAUACACACGUAACAGUCAGUAUUAUAUUUUAAGGUGUUUGCCUUUAAUGAACAGUUGCCAGUAGAGGGGGGCAGACUCUUACAACAGAGAGAGCGAGAGAGACCCACAGAAACUGGAAGACAGACAGUUCCCAUGCCUUCUUGUCCGAAGCUGAUCACUAAGAGAAGACAUUUCAGGCUGCUCUGUGUCAGAUGUGCAUGUUAGAUAUUGAAUAAAAUAAAGUAGGUUCGUCUGGGAAGUGACUGAGGCUGAACACUGAGGAGACAUGGAAGCUGUGAUUGGACUGUUGCUGAUGAUACUCGGAGUCUCUCAUGCUCAAGAUUGACAUGGUUGGAGAGAGAGGGGAUGACAUGGAGAAAAGGGCCACAGAUCAGAAUCAAACCCAUAACCCAUAUUGCAGCAAGGACUCAUCCUUGGUAAAUGGGGCACCAACUAUACCAGCACUCCCAGAGUUCACUAAAGUUCCUGUCGACCAGAUUGGCGUCUCAGGGGGCGUGAUCUCGUUUGUGUGCCAGGCAACGGGGAACCCCAAGCCGAGGGUAAGCUGGAUGAAGAAAGGAAAGAAGACACAGAACCAGCGUGUUGAGGUCAUUGAGUUUGAUGAAGGUGCCGGCUCCGUACUCAGAAUCCAGCCUCUCGGAGUGUCACGUGAUGAAAGCAUCUAUGAAUGCGUUGCUGAGAACAAUGAAGGCAAUGUCUCUGUCAGUGCUAAUCUGUCAAUCAUCCGAGAGGACCUACUCCCACCAGGCUUCCCUACCAUUGACAUGGGUCCUCAACUCAAAGUGGUGGAGCGCACUCGAACAGCCACUAUGCUCUGUGCUGCCAGUGGCAACCCUGACCCAGAAAUCACCUGGUACAAAGACUUCCUGCCCAUUGACCCCAGUGCAAGUAAUGGGCGGAUAAAACAGCUACCUUCCGGUGCCUUGCAGAUCGACAACAGCGAGGAGGCCGACGAGGGGAAGUAUGAGUGUGUGGUGUCUAACGUGAAAGGCGUGCGCUACGCUUUCGUUGCCAACGUUUAUGUGCGAGUGAGAAGAAUCCCACCCAGAUUCUCCAUUCCACCCACCGACCAAGAGGUGAUGCUAGGAGGCAGUGUCAACCUGACAUGUCACGCAGUGGGAUCGCCGCUGCCCUACGUACAGUGGAAGAUGGGCCUGGAGGAGUUGACCAAGGAAGACGAGAUACCAAUAGGACAUAACGUGCUGCAGCUCACCAACGUCCUUGAGUCAGCAAACUACACCUGUGUGGCCAUGUCUUCUGUGGAUGUGAUAGAAGCCACCGCUCGGAUCACUGUCAAAGCCUUGCCAAAGCCCCCCACCUCCCUCAUUGUGACUGAGACCACAGCCACCAGUGUGACUCUCACCUGGGACUCUGGAAACCCAGAACCUGUCUCCUACUACGUAAUUCAGUACAGAGCCAAGUCCUCAAACAAUGAAUUCCAGGAGGUGGAUGGUGUGUCAACAACCCGUUACAGUGUUGGUGGACUAAGGCCCAACUCUGAGUAUGAGUUCCGUGUCUUGGCUGCCAAAACCUUUGGCCGUGGACAUCCCAGCGACCCCGUGGAGGUGCACACCGGUGAACAGGCCCCCUCCUCGCCGCCUCAGCACAUCCGAUUACGCAUGUUGAGUGCCAGAACAAUGCUGGUUCAGUGGGAACCGCCAGAGGAACCCAACGGGCAAAUCAGAGGCUAUCGGAUCUACUACAGCUCGGAUCUGACGGCUCCACUCAGCGGCUGGCAGAAACAGAUUACAGAUGACACCAUUAUGACUACCAUCUCAGGCCUGACUCCUGACAUCACCUACGGCCUCAGGGUGCAGGGCUUCACCUCUGUAGGUGACGGGCCACUUUCCGAUAUGGUGCAAGUUAAAACCCAGCAGGGAGUUCCAGGUCAGCCAUACAAAUUCCAGGUUGGCGCUGUGUCUGACACCAGCAUUGAACUGACCUGGGAACCUGCCUUUGAGACAGAUGGAGUUAAACAUUAUGAACUUCAGUACAUAGGCCUCAGUUCGGGCACCGAGAUGAAGGAAACAUUUGCACCCACAAAUUCCUAUGUUGUGGAAGAUCUCCGCCCAAACACAGAGUACCACUUCUACUUGGCAGCCAUCUCUAACCAAGGCAUCAAAGGCUUCGCCAGCAGUAUAUUACAGAAGACCACUCCUGUGUCUUCUGUCGUGCUGGUCUCUGAGUGUCUGUCCCAGGGAGAAAUAAAGGUGUCCUGUUCCUCUGAGGGAGGAGACAGUCCUCAGUACAGCUGGACUCUGGAUGGACACACACUGACAGACACUCAGCUCCUCUCUGGAAAUAGUGAGACUAACAACAUCACUCUGAAAUCAGACGUCUCAGGACAACUGGUCUGCUCAGUCAGGAAUCACGUCAGUGGGAUAUCUACCUGUGGCUACAUGUUCAUUGUCUGCACCUUAUCCAAUGGGAUGCACAUAUCACAGAGUGUGCGUGUAUCCAGUAACAGCCAGUGCAUUGAGCCAACAUCAGCCUCUACUACAAUCCAAGAAUUUUUUGCGGAAACUUUAACUAAGGUAGGGCGUAUGUUGGAUUGGACCACAUGGCCAGCCUUCACUCCCCACGUACAUCAAUGAGCCUUGGCCACCCAUGACCCUGUCUCCAGUUCACCUAUUUUCCUUUCUUGGACCACCCACAAACUCACAAGAGCUGCAGCUUUGGAGAUGCUCUAAACCCAGUCGUCUAGCCAUCACAAUGUGGACCUUGUCAGAGUCGCUCAUAUGCUCACUGCUUCUAACACAUCAACUUGCUGCCUAAUACAUCCCACCCACUGACAGAUGUCAUGAUAACCAGAUAAUCAGUGUUAUUCACUUCACCUGUCAGUGCUCAUAAUGUUGCUCAAAUGUAUAUUUUAUAGUGGGGGGGGGAUUAAUAAAGUCUGAAGCUGUAUCAUGCUGUUUACCAAUGUAUCUGACAUGUAAAAAAUAUAACAGUACAAUCAUAGUAUUAAUCAUAAAUUAUCAAUUAGUCAAAAUCUCUCAAAAAAAAUGCAUGCUCACUACAUCGAUUCAACUUUGUAUAGUGGAUCAUAAUCCUUAUUUUUCAGACAAUUUAUUUUCUAAUAUUUAUUUGUUUAACCUACUUUCCAGCUUAAUAGUUGAACUGAACACACAAAAUUUAAUAAACAUUUUUCUGAAAUUUUGUUUUUGUAACCACCA